UGUGACUGUGACACGUCACCAUAAGUAGCAUGACCGCUCCCAUUCUCCGGCCCUUCUCCUCUCCAUUCCUAAAGGACAAGGAGAACAACAUCUACAAUGGCCAGGUCCAUCCACAGAAGAUGCCAGCAUGUCAAAAGAAGUCUAAGUUCAAUCUCCAGAAAGCAGUCACAUUGUUCCAGCAUCAACUUUGGCCAUAGAAAUUAUUCUCGCUACAUAAGCAGGGUCCUGAAGGAAGUUGUCCCCCAGAGAGGCAUGUCAUCUCAUUCUGUGGACAUUGUCAACAUCCUGAUCAAUGACAUCUUUGAACGCAUUGCUACGGAAGCCUGCCAGCUGAUGUACCGCAAAAAGCGCUGUACCCUCACCCCAGAAGAUAUCCAGAAGGCAGUGUAUCUGCUGUUGCCCAGGAAGCUGGCAAAGUUUGCAGUGACUUUUGGAAAUGAAGCAGUCCGCAGAUUUGUCCUUUCCUAAGCUCCAUGUGCAAGCCUGAUUGAACCCGGGGAAAGUAAAUCAAACUGCCUGUCACCUCA